UCCUCCACAUCCCUACACAAAACCAAACUCCCAUUCUUGGAUCAUUGAUCACCAAACUUGUUGAAGAUGGUGUCUUACGAGUAUGUUUUGGGUGGGGUGCUAGUUUCUUUGCUGGGAUCUAUUUUCUUCAUGAUCAUCCACGCCACUCUGAAUGGAAAGAAACAAUUCAAGGCUUCAAGUGGAGUGAAGAGUAAAGGGUUUGAAAGGAUGCCACCCAACGGUGAGUUUCAGCGGGAAAUGCAAGAGAAAAGUGCCGACGUAGUCAUUGUCGGCGCCGGAGUUGCUGGUGCGGCUCUUGCUUACACUCUUGCCAAGGAAGGACGCCGCAUACAUGUCAUCGAAAGAGACUUGAGUGAGCCUGACAGAAUUGUUGGUGAGCUGUUACAGCCUGGGGGUUAUCUCAAAUUGAUUGAGUUGGGUCUUGAAGACUGUGCAAAUGAGUCCAUUGAUGCUCAGAAAGUGUUUGGCUAUGCUCUUUACAAAGAUGGAAAGGAUACAAAACUGUCUUAUCCCUUGGAAAAUUACAGUUCAGAUGUGGCUGGUAGAAGUUUUCACAAUGGGCGUUUCAUCCAAAGAAUGCGCGAAAAAGCUGCAAAUCUAUCAAAUGUAAAAUUGGAACAAGGGACAGUGACAACACUAAUUGAAGAAAAGGGUACUAUCAAAGGGGUGAUUUACAAGAACAAGGCUGGAGAGGACCUAAGAACAUAUGCUCCACUAACAAUCGUGUGCGAUGGAUGCUUUUCCAAUCUGCGCAAAUCUCUUAGUGCUCCAAAGGUUGAAAGUCCCUCUUGUUUUAUUGGUUUGGUCUUGGAGAACUGUGACCUUCCACACGCAAAUCAUGGUCAUGUGAUUUUGGGAGACCCUUCACCCAUCUUAUUCUAUCCUAUCAGUUCUACUCAGGUUCGUUGUUUGGUCGAUGUACCCGGAACAAAAGUACCUUCAAUAGCUAGUGGUGAAAUGGUUAAAUAUUUGAAAACCAAGGUGGCUCCUCAGAUUCCCCCUCAGCUCUACAAUGCUUUUAUGGCUGCUGUCAACAAAGGAAACAUCAGAACAAUGCAAAACAAGAGCAUGGCCGCUAACCCUCUUCCCAUUCCUGGUGCAAUUUUACUAGGGGAUUCGUUCAACAUGAGGCAUCCUUUAACAGGAGGGGGAAUGACUGUGGCUCUUUCAGACAUUGUUCUUCUCCGGAAUCUUCUCAGACCCCUACGUGAUCUCAAUGAUGCACCUGCUUUGUGCAAUUACCUUGAAUCAUUCUACACAUUGCGGAAGCCUGUGUCAUCUACCAUAAACACAUUGGCAGGUGCUUUGUACCAGGUGUUUUGUGCAUCACCUGAUCCAGCAAGACAGGAAAUCCGUGAAGCCUGCUUCGGUUACUUGAGCCUUGGAGGCAUCUGUUCGUAUGGACCAGUAUCUCUUCUCUCUGGUCUUAACUCUCGCCCACUGCACUUGUUUCUCCAUUUCUUUGCUGUUGCUAUAUAUGGUGUAGGGCGCUUGAUGUUUCCAUUCCCUUCACCUAAAAGCAUGUGGCUUGGGGCUAGAUUGAUAUUGAGUGCAUCUGGCAUCCUUUUUCCCAUUAUAAAGGGUGAAGGAGUUAGACAGAUGUUCUUUCCUGCCACUAUGCCAGGAUAUUACAGGUCUCCUCCUCUUCAUUGAAGAAAUGGAAACAAGAAUGGAUGUCUUGAGAGAAAAAUUUGUACCUCUAUUCUUUUAUUUUAUUAAUUUAAUAAACCAAUUUGUAUCAAAUGAACAAUACAGAAGCAUUAGUACGUUCCAUCCAGAAAGUAAAGAACAAGAUGGGGGUUCAGUGCUAAAAUUAGAAAGAGCUCAGAAAUUAUGUUCUUGAUUCUUUUAAGAAUAGUUGUUCUGCAGAAUUAGUUGUUC